AUGCGCUCCUUGUUCCCCCUGGGAAGCUGCCGAUGGCGUUCGACGGGUGCCUCUGCGCAGUGGUUGCGACAGCGGCGGCAGCAUUUAAACGAGGUUUUCCAGGCAUCCCACAAGGAUAACCACUGCAAUUCAUUGGAUGAGGCUGGCAGAAACAGGUAUGCAGAUGCAAGCUUGGAGAAAUCAAGUUGGCCUGAAGUGAUGAAGGGACUUGCAUGGUGCAAGCAGCAGCUAGAGCAGGUGACCUGCGAUGGAAUAGAUGCAAUCCAUGUGUUGGACAUCGGGAGCUGCAACAAUGCUGCCGGACUUCAAGAUCACAAUGUGCGCGUCACUGCAUUGGAUCUAUGUCCGCGACACCCGUCGGUGUUGCAGUGCGACUUUCUCCAACUGCAAGUUCUGCCCCGUACAAAGCGACCUCUGAGAGAAGGACCAAAGCUGCUGGGGCUGCCUGCAGAGAGUUUCGAUGUUUGCUUGUUUUCAAUGGUGCUACACCACUGGUCGCAAGAUCUUCAACAAGACGGACUCGAGAAGGCUUACGAGUUGUUAGUGCACAGCGGUAUCCUUCUGGUGAUUGAGAAUCGUGUAUGGAACGACCAUGCCUGUUUGUCACACAGCCGUUUUGCCUUGGAGACUGAGCAACGUAUCAGGUGUGAGAUCUACGAGCUUACGCGGCAAGAGACAAGGUCUAUUGAAGACAAGUCACAGCAUAGCCAGCACUCGACGAAAGUUGCCAAGGCGAUCGAUUUCGCGGCCUCCCUACCAACGCCCGCGAGAGCAUUGUGCAAGCGCAAAUUGAAAGAGGACGCAACGCUCUGCCAAGCCCAGGAGCUACUUCAGGUUCCCGAGGAGACACCAGCAGAGAUUUCACCUGCUCGGGCUGUAGCAGAGACAGCUCAACUCAUCAAGGAAUGUGGGGACAUGGAGGUGCGCAAGCCGGUCUCGAAGACCUUGUAUGGGCGUGAACCUUUGACUGGACGCCCAGAAAGCCAUCCGAUUCAUCCUGGCAUUCGGUGUGCUUCCCACACUUUGUCCAGGUGUUUCCACCAGUGCCUCCCGGGGUUCAAUCGUCCGCAUGGGUACAGUCCAGUUCAGCAGCCACAGUGGGUCCCACGAAACCUCGGCAUUUGCUCCGGAAGGACCCCAUACGAAAGGGCUGUGAGCUGGAUGCCACCGAGGUGGGUGCAGUCCCCGCUGACUGCUCCAAGCACGAGGACUAUCAGCUGGAUGCCAGUACCAAUCAAGGCCAUGCACAGUUGGACAGGGUGCCAUACUCCGCUUCGGCCAAGGCUUGGCCUUGGUGUACCUACCAGCGGGCAGGUCCUCUCCCAGGGAGCUUUGAGAACUGUGACACGUGGUCCUGCUGCUACAUUUCUAUGCCCGCCAUUGCGCACGCCCUGCAUCACGUUGCCGCCAAGAGUUAUAGGCUAUUCUGUAACGGUUCGACCUCGUCCCCGACCAAACUUUUGA